AUGAAACCUUUGUCCCCUCAAUCAAAUCCUUUAUAGUCUAUGACUAGCUAAGAAGCUUAGUAAUUAUCUUUGGAGAAGAAGAUGAGAGCGGCAGAGAAUUUUUCUUAACUUAAAAGUAUGCAGCACAUUAGAAAUUUUUAAAAAUCUAGAAGAUGUCUGGGUAAUCAUAAAAGUUAAGUAAUUAAAAAAGCAAUCACUGCAGAUUUAGUUAUUGAAGAAGAGCCAAAAGUUUAAUAUGAGCCUUGGAGUGAUACUGAGCAAAAACAGCAUGAUGAUAAAUAAAAAAAGAAUAGACAAAAAUUUAAGUAUGAAAUGGUUUAGGUAUUUUAAGAGCCUAUCAUCUAUAAAGAAAAGCCUAAAACGAAUAAAAGAGUUGGUACUAUUAAUGAAUUUGAUUCAUUAUCUCUCUUUGCUAAAUUUUAGAAUCUUAUACUCCAUAACCAAGAUGAAUAAAGACCUUCAAAUCAUCAAGAUGCUUUAAACCAGAAACUAAGAAUACAAAAAGCAAUAGAAAAUUCUUAAAGAGUCUUUUAAGGAAGAUUAAGUGAAAAGAAUUUUAUUAACCAAAGAAAAAGAAUAGAAGAAUAUUUGGAGCAAAAGAGGUAUGCAAAUAUAGAUAUGACAACAAGAGGUGAUCUAAGAAAUAGAACUGGAAGACUCGGAAGGCUUAAAAGAAUUUAACAGGAAUUAGCCUAGGAAGAGAAAAUAUCUAGAAAACAAUUAACAUUUGAUAGCUUUGACAAAUCUUUCAGAGAGGAUUCCUCGUAAUAGCAAAUAACUUAAAGGAUAAAUGAACUUAAUGGGUUUUCAUCUCGAAAUAUUAGUGAUAUGUCUAUUACCUAGAAGAUUUAGGAUUUAGGGAAAGUCAAAUUUAUGAUAGCCCCUUAGUUUGUUCCUUCUGAAAUAACUCUAUUUGGAAAUGAUAAGAGCCAAACAAAAUUAGAAAAAUCUAGCAGCAGAAUUGGAAAAGCUAGUUAAAGUUAAAUAUCAUCUCCAAGAUAUAAUAGAUCAAGAAUUUCAAAUACAUAGUAGACUUCACCAAGAAUUCGUGUAGCUAGAAAUUCAGGCUAACGAGCAUAGACGAGUGCUGAACUUUAGAAAAUUGAGAGAAUCAUAGAAGUAUGCAGUAAGAAUGAUAAAAAUAACUAACUCUUGAAAGUAGCCUAUAAGAAACAUGAUUUACUAGAUCAAAGAAGAGAAGAUGUUUAAUCUGCAUUGCAUUAUCUAGAUGAAUAAAAUGAGGAACCAUAAUUGUCAGUAAAAGAAAAUUUAGAGGUCAAUAAUUUAAUUGAAGAGUAAAUGAAAUUUAGAAAGAGCAACUUUGAGUUAUUCGGAUCACCUGAUGUUUUAAAAAGGUUCUUAGAUAUUAAGAAUAAAUCCACAAUAUUCAUUAGCAAAAAUGGAUAGAAAAAAAUUUGGAGGGGGCAGAGACUACCUAAGAAAAUUCUUGACAUUGUUUAAGAAGUUAGGUGA